AUGGCCCGUGAAGUAGUCAACCAGGAUACAUAUAGCCAAGAGGAUCAUCAGGUCGCAUAUAUCUUCAACCCUGAAGACGACGGGACACGCCAAAAGCCAGCUAAGAGGAGAAGAAGAUCUAAGCAGGGCCAGGAAUCUGCAGAAAUAGUGAAAGACUCAUCAGUUUUUGUACCUCUUCUCAAUGGAGCUGAGAAACCCGAACUCGUCAAAUUAAGGGAGAGAUUGUUCCAGGAGAGCUGGGCCAAGAUUGAUGAACGGAUCGAGAGAAUACUCAAAACUUCAAAUAUCGAGACUCUCAAUCAAGUCAGCGAGUUUGCCAAAGACGCGGUGACAGAAUCUGGGGAUAGAAUCCCUUCAGCAUUCAUCAUAACAGGGCCCAACAUCGCAUCACAAGAUCUGCUCUUCCAACAACUAUCGGAGACACUUCAGCAAACAACAACGAGCAAGUUUGUUGGCUUGCGGUCAUCAGAGGCAUCGACGCUGAAAGCCACUUUGAAGAAGAUUAUUCGAGAUGUCACAGCCAAAGCCUCCACUGACGAGGAGGAUGACCUUGAAGUCAGUGAUGGUCGAGAGGGACGAAGGUAUCUCGACUAUGAUCUUGGUGCACUGUAUGCAUUCAUCAGGCCUCAAAAUGUAGAGCAUGUGUUUGUCGCCUUUCAAGACAGUGAAGGUUUCGACAGCAGUUUAUUAUCGGAUUUGAUCAUUCUCUUCAACUCUUGGCGCCCUCGUAUACCAUUUACUCUCCUCUUUGGUAUCGCCACAUCAGUCGAGCUUCUCCAAGCCAGACUACUCAAGGCCUCCUGUCAGCAAAUUUAUGGAGCGCAAUUUGAUGUGAUUCAGACCUCGGCCAUUCUCGAGACAGUCUUUAAAACAGCGGUAGCAACAUCUGAUGCUCCCGUAGUACUGGGGGCAUCGCUCAUCCGCAGCCUGCUUGAUCGUCAGCACGACCAGGUUUCAGGCAUUCAGACAUUCACCAUGUCAUUGAAGUACGCUUAUAUGUGUCAUUUCUAUGCGAAUCCGCUCAGCGUUCUCGAGCAUACCGCAUCGUUGCAAGCUGAGCAUAUCGAGGCCAUUCGGCAUACUGAUUCUUUCAGGGAAAAUGUUGAGCAGGCAGUAGAAUCUGGCAUCUUGGAUAAUGUGCAAUACGCCAAAGAUUUGCUCGAGAAGGACGAUUUUCUUGUUACGCGAGUUCAAGAUAGUCUAGCCCGUCGUCAAGAGUCGGUUGAGGAUUUCUUGCGGUCACUUCGUAUUCUCGGAGAAACAGAAUCGCAAGACAUUGAGUUCUCAAGAGCAUACGUGGAAGCCUUGGAUGAGGGCGUUUCAAUCACUGAGGACUCUAGAGCUAUUGAGUCGGUACGGCGUAUGGAUGUCAGCGAGCUGCUGGUCAUGCUUCGCAAGGUUGUAUCAAUCUUGCAGGAAGGGGACCGCGGCGUACUUCUCGGUCCAGCAUCGAAGCAAACGGACGUUGAAUUCCGAGAUGCACUGACAAGGCAACUUGUCAAUCUGGAAGAGCUACAAUCAAGGGCAGAAGAGCAAGGGAUUAUACUACGGAGCAAGUACAGCGGACAGAGCAAAGUGAUGCGCACAACUGUGAUUGCACAAAGAGUUCAAUUGAGUCAAGACUCGGCUGCACUUACGGAUGAAGACAAGCAACUUACUCAAGCCGUCGACGACAUCACGGGGCUAUUAAUCAGGCAUGUUCAGUUUGUCAGACCCAGGUCUCUUUUGUUGUCGGAGAGCUGGUUAUACGAUUCCCGAGCUCCUUCGCGAGACGUGUUCGUGCCUCGACCACGGGCAGUUCUAGAACGCAGCCUCACCAGGCCGCACGACUAUUUGUCAUGUUCAUGCUGCAAGCCAGGGGAUGGGGAAACGCCGGCCACUCUGCCGGCCACGGCGCUCUUAUACCGUCUAUACACAGAGACUGGGAGCCUCAUCAACGUGGCAGAUCUCUGGGCAGCAUUCUCAGCGCUUGUAAGCGAGGAGGAAACAGACGAACGCAAGUCGCUGGUAAUGUUUUACCGUGCGCUGGCGGAGCUGAGGGCUUUGGGAUUCGUCAAAGCAAGCAAGAAGAAAACGGACCACAUUGCCAAGCUGAAGUGGCUCUGA